CUUUCGCCACCCCCACGACUCCUCCUCUCCUUCCCCAUCCGCCUUGCGCUCCCCACAGCCUCACGCACUCAUCACCUGCUGCGCUGCGCUUCGCCGACCCGCUACGCCCGUCGCUGCAAGGAUGGAGCAGACCUUCAUCAUGAUCAAGCCCGACGGCGUCCAGAGGGGCCUGGUCGGAGACAUCAUCAGUCGGUUCGAGAAGAAAGGAUUCUACCUCAAGGGGAUGAAGUUCAUGAAUGUGGAGAAGUCCUUUGCACAGCAGCACUAUGCUGACCUUUCUGAUAAGCCCUUCUUCCCUGGGUUGGUGGAGUACAUCAUUUCUGGCCCAGUUGUCGCAAUGGUGUGGGAGGGGAAGGACGUUGUGUUGACUGGACGCAGGAUCAUUGGGGCCACCAGGCCUUGGGAGGCUGCCCCUGGCACCAUCCGUGGUGACUAUGCCGUGGAAGUUGGCAGGAAUGUCAUCCAUGGAAGUGACUCCGUGGAGAAUGGAAAGAAGGAGAUUGCUCUUUGGUUCCCUGAAGGCCUGGCAGAGUGGAGGAGCAACCUUCACCCAUGGAUCUAUGAGGCUUAAGCUUCGAGAUACUGGAAGCUUGGUUUCCUCUAAAAUUGAGUUUUGCCUUAAGAGUUAUCUGUUGGCUCUGGCUAUGGAGUCAUGGCUACUAGCGCCUUGUGGUAUGUAACAGCUAAAUGUGCCUGAACUUAUGAGGCAUUCGUGUUUUUGCCUUUGCGCCGGGUUUAAUGUACUGUGCUUGCAAACCAACUGAGGUGAUCUGAAAUAAAAUGUGUGACCCAGUAAUUUGUUAGAAACUUGAGGUCAUUGCUA